GGAUAGAAUAGUUGAUUCGUAAAGUCUUUUUAAAACACAAAAAAAAAUAAAAAAAUUAUACAAUAGAAAAAAGAAAAAGAAAAAUAGCGUUUGUGAUGACAUACUUUCUGUCUAGGAACCUUCCUACUCAUUUCCACGUCAUGCACUAUAUUUACAAAAUAAAUACACACAUCCUCCGCCGCAUUCCUCCACCCUCCUCCGCCAUGUACCGCCGCCUCCAAGAAUCCGUGACGCGGGGCGACGUCCCGGCCCUGCGGGAGCUCAUCCAGCUCGACGAGAAGUCAGUCGAACACGCAACCUUCGGGCCCCACAACAACACCAUACUGCACGUGGCGGCCAUGUUCGGCCACGCGGACUACGCGGCCGAGGUGGUCGGGGCGUGGCCGGAGAUGGCCGCCGCAGAGAAUGCGGAGCUGGAGACGCCGCUGCACCACGCGUGCAGACAGGGCCACCUCGAGAUCGCUAAGCUGCUGCUGGAAAUCGAUCCCUGGGCGGCGUACAAGGUGAACUCGAGAAACGAGAGCGCCUUCUACGCCGCCUGCGAGCGGGGCCGGGUUCUCGUCGUGAGGCAUCUCGCGGCGAGCUUCCCCGGCCUGCUCAUGCUGGAUAUGGAUAUGGAGGCUACUUCUCUUCAUGUUGCUGCUUCCUCUGGAAAUAUAGAGAUAGUGAAGGAGAUAGUGAAGCAACGGCCCGAUUUCGCGUGGAGGAAGAACCACCAUGGCUGCACCCCACUGCACCUAGCCUGCAGCAAGGGCCACCUAGAGAUAACAAGGGAGCUUGUGAAGCUGGACUCUGAUCUCUGCUUGAUCCCAGACGGCGGGGGGCGGACCCCGCUCCACUGCGCGGCCAUCAAGGGCCGGAUUAACAUAAUAGACGAGAUCCUCUCCCUCAGCCUCGACCUCUUCGAGGCCACCACCAACAAUGGGGAGACUGCCCUGCACUUGGCUGUCAAGAACAAUCAGUAUGAGGUGGUGAAGUACUUAACCGAGUCCCUCAACAUCACCAAGCUUCUCAACAUGCAGGAAAAUGAUGGGAACACUGCCUUGCACUUGGCCACUGCUGGGAAACUAACUGCUAUGGUGAUAUACCUGCUCAAAAUUGGGAUUGAGGUGAAUUGCUUGAAUGGAAAGGGAUACACAGCUCUAGAUGUGGUUGAAUCCGAUGCAAGCAACUCAGGUGCUCUGCUCAUUGUGCCUGCAUUGCUCGAAGCAGGAGCCAAGAGGUGCGACCAGCUCUCUCCUGGCCUAGCAGACAUCCCACAUUUAGCCGAGCCGGGUUCCAGAAGGUUCGGUGAGGCUAGCCGUAUGCGGUCUCCGCUGCCGCCGUGGCCCAACGCCGGCCGAACCCCCCGCAACCGCGGCUGCAAGAACCGCCACCGGGCCAGCAAGCUCGAGCUGCAGAACGAGGGGCUGAGGAACGCGAGGAAGACCGUGACCAUCGUUGCCGUGCUGAUCGCAACCGUCACGUUUGCAGCCGGGAUCAACCCGCCCGGCGGGUUCAGCCAGGGGACCGGGAAGGCCCUGAGGGGGGACCGGGCCGCGUUCAAGGCGUUCAUGGUGUGCAACAUCGCCGCGCUGUUCCUGUCCGUCGGGGUCGUGAACGUGCUCGUGAGCAUCAUCCCGAUCACGAGGCGGACGAUGAUGAGGCUCAUGAGCGCGACGCACAAGGUGAUGUGGCUGUCGACGCUGUUCAUGACCGCGGCCUACAUAGCCGCCGUGUGGACCAUCAUGCCCGAGGACCGGGGGGCGCGUUGGGUGUCCGUGGAGCUCGUGGUGUUCGGGGGCGGGUGCUCGGCCGUGGUCUUCUCCGGGCUCGCGUGGCUGCUGGUAAGGCAUUGGCGCAACAAGUAUCUGUGGAGGAAGGCCAAGAUCAAGAGGAUCAAGGAGGAGAGCCCCCACAGCAGUGUUAGCCGUGUUGAUGAGCUGAAGAUCAUGAGGAGGAGCCAUGAUAAUAGUAGUACUAAUUCGGAUGUUGAUAGCUCGGAUCAUGGCUAUCACCUCUACUAGAUUAUGACACACAAGUUUGCUUGAUUUAGAUUGAGAUAACACGAAGAAAGUAGCGUUGGUCGUAAAUGAACAGAUCUACUCGCAAGUUAU